AUGAAUAAUCUAUCAAAUUUGGUUAAGGCCAAAUCUUCCAGAUCACAAUCACAGCCACAUCAGAAUAACGAUGAACGUGUACAAGUCAGACGUAUAUCAUUGGCUGAAUUUACGGGACUCGAAAGUUACGUUAGUGAAAAAAAAAAGCAACAAGAUUCGAUGUCACCGGAAACAAACAUAGAUUUUCAGAAAAAUUGUCAAUCAUCAGUAAGUCUAAUUGAUACAUACAGUAAUCGACGUCGUCCAAUUGUUAGUAAUACUUUUGAUGAUAUCAAAUGCACCGAACUACGAAAAGUACCCGAAAAUGAGUUAACAAAUAAGCCAGAGCAGAUCAAUUUUCAUGACAUUAGUGAAAGAGUGGAAAAUUUACGAAAACAACUUGAAAAAGCAAUGAAUGAUUUGCCGAAUCAAUCACCAAGAAAAUCGUUUGAUUCCGAAAAUGAAAAAACUGAACUAUUAAAGGAAAGUCGAAAACUUGCUGGAGCUUGUAAAACAAUGCUGCUUGAAAUAAACGAUAUGGGAAAUGGAAAAUAUUGGUCACAAAUUAUUGAUGAAGUAUUGGAAGCAGCUGAAGCAGUAACACAUAUAACGGAACGAAUGAUUCAAAAAUCAAAUUCGAUCUUUCAAGCACAAUUAAUGACCACAAAAACUGAACAGAUGCUUAAAUCACUUGUGGAGGUAUUACAAAGUAUCGAAAAGGCACAAGCAAAAGAUGGUGACAGCAUGAAAUUGUUGACAGCACGAAGUACAACAUUAACAGCAAACGUAAGACAAUUGCUGUCAACUGUAUCACAUGUAUAA